AAGUCGGAAGUAGAAGAAAAACCUAUCUCUCCCAUCAUCUUCCAUCCUCACGCUCCCGUCUUCCAUCUCUCAAACCCUAAUUUUAUUCUCACUCUCACUUUCACCUAAAAUGUCCUCACAACGUUCAAUUCCAACUCUUGACAGAAUCAGCACCUUACCAGACUCCGUCAUCUGCCACAUUCUCUCAUUUCUCCCUACCAAACAAUCCGUAACAACAACCAUUAUCUCCAAAAGAUGGAAUCCAUUAUGGCUCUCAGUUCUCACUCUCGAUUUCGACGAUCAAAAAUUUUCAGACUUCGCCACUUUUCGACAUUUAAUAUACUCAGUCAUGCUCGCUCGUCACACCACAUUGCCUAUCCAAUCAUUGCGUCUCAAAUGUGGCAUCUCUUCGGGAUGCAAUCCCUAUGAUAUCAAUCGAAUUGUUCGUGCUGCUUUACAACGAGGAAUUGUGAAUCUUAUCUUGGAUUUUUCCUAUACUGAUUUUGAUUUUCAAAUUGGAUUGAGUACUACAAUUUCAAGUGUUUUCAAUUGUAGGAACCUUGUUGUUCUUAAAUUGACCUGUUUAACAUUUACUGUUGUUCCUCAAUUCAAUUUUCCGCUACUCAAAACUCUUCAUUUGGAUAGUGUUUCCUUUUUGGGAGAUCAAAAUGAAGAAUUUUAUAAGUUUGUUGAGUUGUGUCCCAUUCUAGAGGAAUUGCAAACAACUAAUAUGCAAUUUUGGGUAUCGAAUGACUGUGAUAAUGGAAAGUAUAACAAAUGCUUUUCCAAUUUGGUUAGAGCUAAAAUUUGUAAUCUUACUUGGAGUUGGAAUGUUCCAUUUGCUUGGAUUUGUAAUGCAAAGUUUCUACAUAUAGAACUGAGCAAGGAGCAAAAAGUCCACACUUUUCAUAAUUUAACUCACUUUGAGCUUAUCUUUAAGUCAGUUUGGCAGAGGAAAUGGAACUGGCUGGUAGAACUGCUUGAACAUUGUCCCAAGCUGCAAAAUCUUACUCUUAAUCAGCUUUAUGGACAUGGAAUUGAUAAGGACAAUUGGAAGGAACCAAAAAAUGUUCCCGGAUGCAUUUUCUCUCAACUUAGGAAAUGUUCAUUUAUAGCUUAUGAAGGCUCGGAGUGCGAGUUUCGAUUUGCAGAGUAUAUUUUGAAGAGUGCAAAAGUAUUGCGCACCAUGACAAUCAAUGCCUCCCUGGUGGAUAUAAAUCUAAAGCACCAAAUGUUAAGGGAUUUAUCUUUGUGUCCCAGGGGCUCUGCUACAUGUAAACUUUCAUUCGAUUGACGAAGGUUAGGGCAUGUCAACAUUAGUCAUAUUAGAUUCUAAAUUCUAGAUUCUAUAUAUGAAAUAUUAGUAGCAUGGACAGUUUGCAGCACAUGAACUUUGUUUCAGUAGAUCCUCUAAGUCAUAUAUUUUCAAAUAUAUACUUUGAUUCUAGUUCCUCCAAACCUUUGUGAACUUUCCGUUCUUAUUGAUAAAUGAUUCUCUUUUGAUGGU